UUCUUCACUCUUCAGUCUGCGUCUAGAAGCGAAGCGCUGCACAUCUCAACCGCCUUUAGUAUUUGUCAAACACACACACACACACACACACACACACAAACACAUACACCCAUACACACCCACCCGCAUCCACUCCUCUAAAUACAGAACCUUCUCCCAAACACAACACCUCGCCAUUCGCCACGGGAGCUGCACUACUGUUAUUCAGUGACAGCUCAGACGCGACCCUCUGGGAAGAUGCCUGGGGAGAGCCACGCCGAUGUGCCAGAUGCCGUGCCUCUACAGAUCGCCAUGGAGGCCUCAGCAUUCGUCACUAGUAACGGUCAUGAAUCCUCUCCUUCUGAACCUGCAAAGACCCUCACCUGCAGUGAGUGCAGUAAGGUAGCGACAGUCGUAUGUGGCGGGUGUUGGAUAGUCGGUUUCUGUAGUAGAGAUCAUCAGCUUACUGGAUGGACCAAACACCGACCCAAGUGUCGCCCGUGGCGCGUGACCUCAUCGUCCAAUUUGGGACGAUUCAUGGUGGCUACUAGAGAUAUUGCCGCCGGAGAGGUUCUUAUGAAGGACGAACCUCUCCUAAUAGGGCCCAAGAUGAUGACAGAGCCUGUUUGCUUGGCCUGUUACCGUCCUGUUGACGGAGAAUACUGUUGUCGGGAAUGCGGUUUUCCACUUUGUAGCAGUGAUUGUGAGGGAAGUGAUGACCAUGAACCAGAGUGCCGCGCAAUACAAGAUUCAGGCAUCCCCGUGAAAGUAUCUAUGUUCGGGGAGGUGAACAGUAUGUACGAAUGCAUCACUCCCUUGCGGAUCCUUUCUCUAAGGGACAAAGUUCCGAGUUUGUGGAAUAAGUUUAUGACACUGGAGAGUAAUUGCGAUAUGCGGGAAGGCACAGAAGUCGCAGCCAUUACACAACAAACGGUCGUCGACAUCAUCCACAAUCGGCUGGAUCUGGAGGAAGAUUACAAUACAGAAGUGAUUGAGAAGGUUCUGGGAAUCCUUGAUACAAAUGCUUUUGAGAUCAGACUUCCAGACUCCAGCAUCUUGGGUGUAUAUCAAAAAGCAUCAUUGCUGGAGCACGACUGCAUCCCCAACACACACCGCACUUUUGAUGCAGACCUAAAUCUCAUUGUGCGUGCAGCUGUGCCAAUAAAACGUGGUCAGCACCUCACCUCCUGUUACACAGAAUCACUUUCCACUACUGGAGUUAGACAGGAACAUCUUCGGUCUACAAAAUACUUCACCUGUGGCUGCAAGCGUUGCAAAGAUCCUACUGAGCUGAAGACAUUUACAUCUGCCUUGAAAUGUAGUGAAUGUGUCGAAAAGCAAGAAGAAGAAGCUAAACAGAAGAGAGCAGCGGAGAGGGCUAGUAGAGGUCGAGGAGGCACAAGGGGAGCCAAGCGAGGUGGUGUUGCAAGUCGCAUCAAUCAAUUUCAGUCUGGAGCACAGGGUGGGAGUUCUACAAGCCAAGCUGAAGAGGAGAAAACCAAAGGCCCUUGGAUACUGCCACAGGAUCCUUUAUCGCCUUCUUCCACUUGGACAUGCCUUUCCUGCGGCAACCCGGCCAACGACGGGUACCCAGAACGUAUAACCUCAGUAAUGCAAGAGGAGGCAGAGGAGAUUGAGGAGGCAAACCCAAGCGUGGAGGCGUGUGAGAGCUUCCUGCAGAAGUGGGACAGCACCUUUCACACCAAUCAUGCCAUCUUUCUCAAUAUAAAGUACGUGUUACUUCACUUGUAUGGCUCCGAAGAGGGCUACGAGCUGGAGGAGAUGACACCAAUUAAUUUAGCGCGUAAGGAAGAACUCUGUCAGGACGUGUUGAAGGUAGCUGACAUCAUCCAGCCAGGCAUAUCACGGUUGCGUGGUUCCGUCCUCUACGAGCUGUACCAAGCACUGUUCUACAAGACUCGUGCCCUUUCCUUAGUAGGCGCUGCCACCUCUGAGCAAGCUCGCAGAUUGUCAAUGGAAGCGCUGACAGCCCUCAAGGAGUGCGCCCGUGUAUUGAGCUACGAAACAGAAGUACAACCUGAAGGACAGCUAGGUCUUGAAGCCAAAGAAGAAAUCAAAUCAUUGCAGAAGUGGAUCAAGGAGGAAGGCUGGAAAUACUGAUCAUCAUUUUUCACGUAUUCCUGGAUGAAUUAGAUGAAUAGUAAUGCCUCAGUAUGUGGAUGGCAUCAAACAAGCAUAUUAUGGAGUAAUGCUUUAUAGAAGCUGUAGAAGCUAAUGUACGUCCAAUGCCUAACUAAAUGGUGUCGUUUAUUGAAUAUACGUACUGUAUAAUAUAGCAACUGUCUGAAAGGAUCGAGGGGAGAACGCUAAUGGCGACUGGAAACGGUAGCAGAAAUGAGACACUGCGACUCAUUAAUUCAUAUGUUUUCUACUCGAGACUCGUGUGCUGCGCUGAGGGCUUUCUUUAUUUGAGUGCAUUCCCAAAACAUUUUGAGUGUCUGCGUUACUUGACACCGUUGAGUUUGUCUGUACUUAUUGUUUCGUAGCUUCCUGUUUUCGAGAAAGAAAAUAAUUGAUCACAACGUUGCUCUUUGAUUAGGCACUAAUUACUAUAGCAUUCAUUAUUACAUGCCAAAUGUAGCCUAUAUCGCUGAUUUAUAAUAUCUAUUCAUUAUUGUUUCUAUUUAAACCAGUGGUAAUGGAUGUGAAAGGCUUAUUUCUAUUAUAUUUCGCUCAUUGCACCUUCGUUAACAUCCACUUCAUCUGAGACCGUACGUGGUAAUGAGCUGUUCGGUGAGAUAGGGGCACAGAGGAUGCUUUUGCUGCUAGUGCUAUUGAUGGUGAUGUUGAUCAUUUGAUGAUGAUGAUGAUGAUGAUGAUAAUAAUAAUAAUGAUAAACGAAAUAAGCCACGAGUCGUCCUUACCUUUACUCUAAAUGAAAGUAAUUCAAUAUAAAAUAAGUGCAAUGAUUAUCUACUUUGUAAGCGUAAGUUAAGACAGUUUUCAUAUUGACUCCUAGGUCUUAAUUACUUGUCUCAUUGUGUAUGUUAUAUCGUCCCAACUGUUUUCACCAGUAUUUUCAUAGAAUAAAAUUGGUAAAUUUAUUAUUUACUGAAACAUGAAUGAUAAUUUAGUGUGAAUAAAGAAAUUAAUUGAA